UCAUCCCACAAACUGUCGUAAAAUUCUUUGCAGGGACUUCAGCGUCGUGUCAACAGCACCGAUCAGUGCUUUAAAAUACAGCUCUUUGUGUGCGCGGGGCAGGAGUGGACCCACUGGUUGUCAGCUAUCAUAGAUCUGACGUUGUGACAGUUAGGGAGAAUGAAUGAUGCUGACCAGAUUCAGAUGUCGCUACCUGAUGGUGACUUCCAGCCGAGAGGACAGUAAGGAUUCCAGGACGGACGUUAGUCAGGAGAAGGUGUGCCUCUGCUGCCAUGGCAGCCACCUGCCAGCUGUUGUGCCACUCUCGCUUCGGGUGGUCCACUGGUGUCCCACCCUGUCCGUUGCACAAGGAAACAUGAACCUCCCCAUCUUCAGACAACACCUGAACACAACUGGAGAUACAGACAGUGUGAGGAAAGUUGAACACCACACGGUCAAACACACGGUCCUGGAGAGAGGCGCAUUCCCCCAGCUUUCUGCAGUCCACCUCGAAAAGCACCGUUCCACCUGAUCAAACACAGAAGAAAAAGUGUACAACAAAUGUAGUCCCACAGAAUUCAGCCCAGCACAAAUUUGAAAAUGACUCACAAACUCGUACCUGAGUCCUUGAUGAUCUGUAUGUUAGUGGCUGCGCCUUCAUGCCGCAGUGCCUCCUCCUGAUGCUGGAAGCAAGUGGCCGUUAUGCUGGUCUCUGUUUCGCAGUACAACUGGCUCACACAGGCAGAAAAUGAGAAGUUCCCUUCUCCCACCAACAGUAUGGACCGUGAAGGAGACAUGUCCCGUCCAACUGGAAACGAAGGGAGACACAAAAAGUCAGGUUUCCAGAGAUUUCGCCUCGAAAUCUCCCCCCCUUUACAGCUCUGUAUACGAGAGGAACAGACGCGCGUGGGAGCGACGAAGACCACCUUCAGUCUUCUUCGUGGUCUAAUAUGAUCGUAGUGUUUUCAUAUGUCUACGUCGGCUGAACAGCAAGAAACACAUUGACUGUAAUGUAAAAUAAAGCCGUUGACCUUCUCCUGCUCCCCGGCGUUGCAGCACAGAAGAGCUCAACAAUAUUAUCUCACCUGUAGCAGCCUGCGUUGAACGCUGUGUCACAAAUACAGUAGUCCGACCAGAAACAAUGCUUAACGAACGUUACGCUGUUGACACUAAUAGCCGAAAAACAACCAAAUUAAUAUAUUUACGUUAAAGCUAGGCUGGUGAAAUGUGUAGUUGCUAUCUUAAUAAUAUUACCACUGAAUUUUAUAUAUGCAAGUGUAAAAGCGUAAUUUGUCAGACUGCUGGAUUCCCGUCGUCGUUUCAGGGGGACACAUUUGCUGGGCGGCGCAUCACAUCUGGAGGAGGGAGCUAUUUGCAGCAUCAGUUGAUCCCAGCAUCAAUUAUUUUCCCGUAUUACUAAUUUAUCUCAAAAUAUUUCACCUGACAGUUUCUCUGAUGUGCGAUUCUCAGUUCCGCCCGUGAUUGUAAGCUCUCUCGACCACAACGGAAAUAGGAAGUGUUGUGCCCACAUGGGCAGCGUUCUGGCUUUGUCUUCCGGUCCAGGCCAUCAGAAGUGGCCUUUCUCCACGGACCCUACUCCCUCUCGCUGGGACGCACAUCCUGCUCACUGGGACAGUCCACCACGCUGGGAGAGGAGAGAUGGCCGCCUGCCCAACCCAGGCAGCUUCCACUCUCUCCACAGGAGCUGCAAAGAUGUGUUUCCUCAACAGAUUGAGGGAGUCAAGAUGAUCCUCAAUAAAACCCUGAGCAGCUUCUUCAAGGUCAGUCAUGCUCUCCACCUCAGUGCAGUUAGUUCUUCUUACUAUCGAUUCCACGUGGAGCAUCUGCAGUCUGAUGAUUACAGCAAGGACAAGGAUGCUCCAGCGUUGAUUGGUGAGAUGGACUCUUCAGGUAGUCUGAACGCUCACGCUCUGCUGCAUCUUACUGAGCGUGUACGAGCCAGAACAGUGCUUCAGACCCAGCAGUCCCAGUUUGUAACGUGGCAGUUUGAAACGGAGUACAGAGGGAAUGACUUCACCGCUGCUGUGACAGUAGCCAACCCAGAUGUCCUUAGAGAGUCGGUCAUCCUUGUGGCACACUUCCUGCAGAGCGUGUCUUCUGGGCUGGUGUUAGGAGGGGAGCUGGUCUAUCAUCGGGGCCGAGCAGAGGAAGGAGGAAUUCUUACUCUGGCUGGACAAUACUCCAGACCAAACUGGGUGGCGACGCUGAAUGCUGGUAAAGGAGGUGCCCAUGCUAGCUACUAUCACAGAGCCAACAAACAGAUCCAAGUUGGGGUUGAGUUUGAAGCCAGUACUAGGACGCAGGAGACUACAACUUCCUUUGGGUACCAGAUGGAACUCCCAGAGGCUAACAUGGUGUUUCGAGGAAUGAUAAACAGUCGGUGCAUAAUCGGAGGCGUGUUGGAGAAGCGUCUGACUCCACUCCCUGCCACCUUGAUCAUGGGUGCCUUUGUGAAUCACAGAGGAGACAAGCUGCAGGUGGGCCUUGGCGUCAACGUGGGAUAAUCCCUCACUAACCCCUGCUGGAAUUACAACUCGCCAUCAGGACAUCCAUCCAGAGACAUGUUUCAGAGGGUUCGUACUGACACGAUCUUCCGGGGUUUAUCAGCCUCACAAAAACGCUUCCAACGAACCACCGGAGUAUCGUGGAUUGUUCGGGUGUUGAAGCCCAAAAUGUUCCCGUAAAUCAAUGCAUCUCAUCUUGCAACCUACCUCUCAAAACUGAGGUGAUGUUUUUUGAUUGUGUGGCAAUAGGAUUAAAAAGGAGAAAUGGAUGAACGUUUUGAGGGGCCCAACAACUGACACUGGAGAUGUGUUCCUGUCCCCCUGAAACCGGACUGCACAUCACCCACCGGGCAUUGGAAACAGAAAGGAAAAGAGGCGUACUGUACUGAAAACUAAAAAUAAAUGAAAGUUUUAUACUGUAGGUAGUCAUAAAGAAACAUAAUGUAUAUAGAGUGUAUUGAGAAAGAGGAGUGUUUUCAUGUUUUAACCCAAUAAUUAUAAUUCCGACCUGAACUCUCUGCUGACCAUUUUGUAAAGCACACCAUUGUUUGCAAAACUUACGUAAAUUUUCCACGUAGACACUGGUUUACAUUCAUGCCUGUAAUAUUUUAAAGUCAACUUGUAGACAAACAGUAACACACUGCUUGGGAUAGGUAAUACAAAUGAUCAAAUUCACGUUAUUCCUUUCUUAUUGCCCAUAUUCGUCUCCCGUUUUUCAUGGGGGGCUUAUUUAGCAUAGCUCAUCAAUGCAUCCGUCUCCUAACUCUGAAAUCUGGGUGCCUCUGAUUACUUGAAUGCUCCAACGGAUGAGUUUUAAAUAGAUUACAGCUGAAACAAACUAUUGCCUAGAGGAUCAGUCUGAAAACAAACUGGUCAGCAGAAGUGUAACAUGGGUGAAAUCAUGCUAAAAUGCCAGUAUGAUACUUAAAGCAAGAGUAAGUGAUUGUGUGUUUGAUUGUGUGACUUUUUUUAAUUUUUUUUUUUUUUUGCCAGCAUAAAGUUGCGUGUGAGAUUUCACACAUGAACAAACAGCCUGUCGACUGUAAGAGAAAAGGUGCUACUCCAUAUACACUAACCUCCAGCUGAGGGAUGUGAGAGUAGCCCUGCACUGACUCUAAUGAGCCAGGACUGUACUGUAUGUAUAUAGAUGGAAACACUGACCUGUAUGCAACCUGCACUACUCACGCUGCUUCUGGGCAUUUCCAGCCCUGUCUAACAUAUGAAAUGUUGCAUAUGUAUUCUUUAUACAUAAUGUAAUAUAAGCAUGGAGAGAAGUGGAAGGG